AGUUCGGGCCGGGCUCCGCGCCGCGUUUUGCAGGCGGCCGGGAGCGCCCCUCCGCGCCUCCAGGCCCCCUCGGCGCGCGCCGCGCUGUACUAUUUGAGGCCGGGGCGGGUGGAAGAACACGGCGCGGCGCCACCCGCCGCGCGAGGCCGGCCGGCGCAGGGAUCUGCGCCGCGCGCGGUGCUGAGGCCGGCUGUCACUCAUCCGCGGCGCGGCUCCGGGACGCGGUCGGGGCGCAGCUGGCAGAAGGCAGCCGGGCGGGCAGGGGGCGAGGCGCGCGGGGCGGCGCCGAGGCGCGGCGGAGGAAGAGGAGGACAGGAGCGAGAAGAAGAGGAGAAGGAAGAAGAAAAAGAGGGAAGAAAAAAAAAAAAAAAAGAAAGACGAGCGAGCCGCGUUUCGUCCGAAUUGCGGGAAAACCCUAUUUCGCGAGCGGCUCCCUCUCCUCCAGCCGGCUGCAAUGCUGCCAGCCACGGCGCUGCCCUGGACGUUGUUUUUCCUCGGAGCCGCAGAGGGAAGUGUUCCAGAGUCAGGAUGGGACCUGCAGUCUGAAUCAGCCUCUCUACAAGUGGAUAUUGUUCCAAGUCAGGGGGAGAUCAGCGUUGGAGAAUCCAAGUUCUUCUUAUGUCAAGUGGCAGGAGAAGCCAAAUACAAAGACAUUUCCUGGUUUUCCCCUAAUGGUGAGAAGCUGACGCCUAACCAACAGCGCAUCUCAGUGGUGCGGAAUGAUGACUUCUCUUCCACCCUCACCAUCUACAAUGCCAACAUCGAUGAUGCCGGCAUCUACAAGUGUGUCGUCAGCAGUGUGGAGGAGGGAGACUCUGAGGCCACCGUCAAUGUGAAAAUUUUCCAAAAGCUAAUGUUCAAGAAUGCUCCCACCCCUCAGGAAUUCAAGGAAGGGGAUGAUGCUGUGAUCGUGUGUGACGUGGUCAGUUCACUGCCUCCCACCAUCAUCUGGAAGCACAAAGGCAGGGAUGUUAUCCUAAAAAAAGAUGUCCGAUUUAUAGUCCUGUCCAACAACUACCUGCAGAUCCGUGGAAUCAAGAAAACAGAUGAAGGGACAUACCGUUGUGAGGGCCGGAUCUUGGCUCGUGGGGAGAUCAACUUCAAAGAUAUUCAAGUCAUUGUAAAUGUGCCUCCUUCUGUGCGUGCCAGACAGAGCACUAUGAAUGCCACUGCCAACCUCAGCCAGUCUGUCACCUUAGCAUGUGAUGCUGAUGGCUUUCCUGAGCCAACCAUGUCGUGGACAAAGGAUGGAGAGCCAAUAGAACAGGAGGAUGACGAAGAGAAAUACAGUUUCAACUAUGAUGGCUCGGAGCUGAUCAUCAAGAAGGUGGACAAGAGCGAUGAAGCAGAGUACAUCUGCAUUGCUGAGAACAAGGCUGGCGAGCAGGAUGCCACCAUUCACCUCAAAGUUUUUGCAAAACCCAAAAUCACAUAUGUGGAGAACAAAACAGCCAUGGAGCUGGAGGAUCAGAUCACGCUGACCUGUGAGGCAUCUGGGGAUCCAAUCCCUUCCAUCACUUGGAGAACUUCCACCCGGAACAUCAGCAAUGAAGAAAAGGCUUCGUGGACCCGGCCCGAGAAACAAGAGACCCUGGAUGGGCGCAUCGUAGUACGUAGCCAUGCCCGGGUGUCGUCCCUGACGCUCAAGGAAAUUCAGUACACAGAUGCCGGAGAAUAUGUAUGUACAGCCAGCAACACCAUCGGGCAGGAUUCCCAAGCCAUGUACCUCGAAGUGCAGUAUGCCCCCAAGCUUCAGGGCCCAGUGGCUGUCUAUACCUGGGAAGGGAAUCAAGUGAACAUCACCUGUGAAGUAUUUGCUUACCCCAGUGCUGUCAUCUCCUGGUUCCGGGAUGGACAGCUGCUUCCUAGCUCAAACUACAGCAACAUCAAGAUCUACAACACUCCAUCAGCAAGCUACUUGGAGGUGACACCAGACUCUGAAAAUGACUUCGGAAAUUAUAACUGCACUGCUGUGAAUCGCAUUGGCCAGGAGUCCUCAGAGUUCAUCCUUGUGCAGGCAGAUACUCCGUCCUCUCCUUCCAUUGACAGAGUGGAGCCCUAUUCCAGUACUGCCCAGGUGGAGUUUGAUGAGCCUGAAGCUACUGGUGGGGUGCCCAUCCUCAAGUACAAAGCGGAGUGGAGGGCAUUGGGCGAGGGAGAAUGGCAUUCCAGGUUGUAUGAUGCAAAAGAAGCAAAUGUGGAGGGCUUGAUCACCAUCACUGGCCUGAAACCUGAGACAACCUACUCUGUGAGACUCUCUGCAGUCAAUGGCAAGGGUGUGGGUGAGAUUAGCCUGCCGUCUGACUUCAAGACACAGCCAGUUCGGGAACCCAGCGCACCCAAACUGGAAGGUCAGAUGGGAGAAGACGGAAACUCCAUUAAAGUGAAUGUUAUCAAGCAGGAUGAUGGUGGCUCCCCAAUUAGACAUUAUCUGAUCAAAUACAAAGCUAAGCAUUCUUCAGAAUGGAAACCAGAGAUCAGACUUCCCUCUGGCAGUGACCAUGUCAUGCUCAAGUCCCUGGAUUGGAAUGCAGAGUACGAGGUUUAUGUGAUAGCUGAAAACCAGCAAGGGAAGUCCAAACCAGCUCACUAUGCUUUCCGAACUUCUGCUCAGCCUACUGUCAUCCCAGCCAGCACUAGCCCCACAACAGGCCUUGGGACUGCUGCCAUCGUAGGCAUCCUCAUUGUCAUCUUUGUGCUGCUCCUGGUGGCUGUGGAUGUCACCUGCUACUUCCUGAACAAGUGUGGCCUGCUGAUGUGCAUUGCUGUCAACUUAUGUGGGAAAUCUGGCCCAGGAGCCAAGGGCAAAGACAUGGAGGAGGGCAAAGCCGCCUUCUCGAAAGAUGAGUCCAAGGAGCCUAUUGUGGAGGUGCGGACUGAAGAGGAGCGGACCCCCAACCACGAUGGGGGAAAACAUACAGAGCCCAAUGAGACCACACCGCUGACAGAGCCAGAGCACCCUGCUGAUACUGCAGCUACCGUUGAGGACAUGCUGCCUUCUGUAACCACGGGCACCACUAACUCUGACACUAUCACUGAAACCUUUGCCACUGCUCAGAACAGCCCCACCAGCGAGACCACUACACUGACCUCCAGUAUUGCCCUGCCAGCCACGGCCAUUCCUGACUCAAACUCCAUGUCGCCUAGCCAGCCCACUCCAGCCAAAGGGGCAGCUGCCUCAAUCUCUUCACCACCACCCUCCUCCACCCCCAAAGUGGCCCCCCUUGUUGAUCUCAGUGAUACCCCAAGCUCUACUCCAACUACUAACAAUUUGUCUUCAAGUGUCCUGGCCAACCAAGGCGCAGUGCUCAGCCCCAGCGCUGUUGCUAACAUGGCCGAGACCUCCAAAGUGGCACCUGGUAACAAGUCAGCUGCCCCAACCCCUGCCAACCUCGCUAGCCCUCCAGCUCCAUCAGAGCCCAAGCAGGAGGUCUCAAGCACCAAGAGCCCUGAAAAGGAAGCUGUACAGCCUAGUACAGUGAAGAGCCCGACAGAGACAGCCAAGAACCCAAGCAAUCUGAAGAGCGAGGCUGCUUCAGGCAGCACAGUCCCCUCCCAGAAUGAGGACUUUAAAAUGGACGAAGGGACCUUCAAGACACCAGACAUUGAUCUUGCAAAGGAUGUUUUUGCAGCUCUUGGCACUACUACUCCUGGCAGUGCGACUAGCGGGCAAGCUCAUGAGCUUGCUUCUUCCACUGCAGACAGCUCUGUACCUGCUGCACCUGCAAAGACCGAGAAAGUCCCAGUAGAAGACAAAUCUGAAGUGCAAGCAACGGAAACUAAGACACCUCCAGCAGAAGUCAAGACGGUUCCCAACGAAGCCACACAAACAAAUGAAAAUGAGAGCAAAGCAUGAUUAGCAACAGAUGAAAACAAAUGACAGAACAACUUCACCGGAGCAUUUAAAACACAAAACACACCACACAUCUCAUUCCUCUAGUGUCUUUUGCCUUUUUUUAAAAAACAAACAAAACAGAAAAUGCAUAAAUGGGGGGGGAUCUCUCUUUUUCUUUUUUUUAAAUUUCUAGAAAGGUUCUAUUUGUUGUGCACUUGCUUUUAAGGAGAAAUACAUUUUAAAAACAGGGUUAAACCCACAACCAAAUCAGGGUUCAGCUGACCCUGUGUAUAUUAAAAUAAGCAAAAUUGCAAAUACCAGUUACAGCAUGGUUAGGAAGCUCAAAAUCAACUAGUCUCAGACAAAGAAAGAAAAAAAUGACCCUGUUCUUUCCUUGGUUAGUAUAGUAGAUAUAACCACUUGUACUACUUGGUACAGCUGGUACUUAAUGAACAAAGUCCACAAUUUAUUUUUAUACUUUUCAGUCAAGUUUGAAAUAUGUAAAGCCUCAUAAAUAAGUUAUAAUUUCUGUUCACCUUGUAUUUGUUCAGUAUGCAAAGUGUCUUGUGCUCUUUGUGACUGAAUCCUGUUCUCCACGUUAGACGUUUAUGGGGGGGGGGUUGGGUUUGUUUUUUUUUUUUUUUUUUUUUUUUUUAGGAAGAAUGCCAAAAUUGCAGCUUCGGGGAUAUAUUUCAAUUUGCAGUAUUCAGACUCUACAUUUCUUUAAAUUUUAUGUUAAUUUUUUGCCAACUUUUGUUCUUUCCAGUGUUUACAAUUGACAAUUUUUUUAACUUUUGUUGUGUUUAAAUGUAUGUGUAAAAUAGCUGCCUUUUUUAAGUAAAUACGGUCGAUAGAUACUAGGUUAGUAGCAUGCUUGCUUUGCAAAGGGAGACAUUUUUAAAUAUGGAUGUUUACAGUAGUUGUUUCCCCUUUAUCUUUUUUUUAAUUAUUAUUAUUAUUAUUAUUUCUUACUGGAGUAAGAAGAAAAGUAAUGCUGUUCUUUUUUUUUUCUUUCUUUCUUUCUUUUUUCUUUUUCUUUUUUUUUUUUUUUUUUUUUUUUUGGUGAGUAUUCAAACUACUUAUCAUGAAUCAAGGUCUUUAUCCAGCAAUCCACAUAAACACACACUUCAAACAGGAGAGUUGCUGGUGAAAGUCCUUAUAUGCUUAAAGUUAGCAGAAGUGUAAGUCCCUUGCUGGAUUUGGGCCUGACUGCAUAAGAGAAAUAUUAUCUCUGCUUUUCUAAGACAUUCUACCCUUUUCUUCAUGGAACUCUCCCAGAGCUUUGACAAGCAGAAGGAAGAUUGUAUAGUUAGGGCUGGUCUGGUCUGGUCUGCUCUAGUCUCAGGUGUUUGACUAUAUCAGUUCUCCCCUAGUAGGUCGGUAGGUACCAGUUACUUUCACCCUAAAAAGCAGGUUUAAAAGGAGAGAGUUUAUGCACUUCAGGAAAAUAAUGUCUUCUUUUGAGGAGUGGUACACCAAAAAAGGAGUGUCCUUCCUUCACGUGCAUCAAAUUCAUGAGCACAGGAGUCAUGCCGUGUACAAGACCGCUCCUGAAAAAGCAGCUCCAUCGCGUGUGUUGUCAUCCAUACGUGCUCUGCCAAAUCAAAGCCUUGAGACUGAGAGCUUGGAAAUCAGUGCGAGGACUCUCAUUGAUUUCGUUGGUCUUUGGAUCAUGUCUUCGACAGUCAAAAAAGGAGGUUGAUGUAGGGUGCAUGUUAUCAUUAUGUAGGAGGAGCUUAUCAGUGACAGUUAUCAUAUGGAGUUGCAGAGCAACACUAAGAUUUUGGGGUGAGAAAGGAGGCUUGAGUGAGGGAGAAGUAGAGGUAAGUAGGAGAAGACCAGCCCAUAGAGAUGUUCCUUCUUUUGGGGGUUGUUUUGGGAGUUUGUGGUUUUUUCUUUUUCUUUUUUUUUUUUUUUUUAUUAUUCUUCUACUUUAGAUCUGCAAGCUUGUGCACUGUGGGUGCGUGACUAUUUUAGUGUGAAACGUGUUCUUUGUCAUAGUAUUGAAAUAAAUAAUAAAAGCUUCAACAUAGUUUGGAUGUGGAAGGUGUAGCAGAUAGUUCAGAUUUGAAAAAAUAAUUCAGGAAAAAAAAAUAAAGAGAACAACUCUUAUGUGGAACAGAAGCCUUUAAAUGAAAAAUCAAACCGAGCUGACUCUGGCAUCCAUUCCGCUGUGCUAAGGUAACGAAGAGAAGGAUGAUGGGGGGCAGGGCGACUGUAGUUUGGCUCAGAUACAUUGAGCCACUCUCGUCAGUGUGUUCUUCUAAUUAUGCAGUCUUUAACAGUGACAUCACUAGAUUGUAAUUUCAAACUGUGAAAAAUAAUGGUCUUGUCAUUUGCUAAGUGUGGGGUUUUUUGCAUUUUUUCCUCAGCUCCUGGGGAUGGAAAUGGAGGAUGACUAUAUAUAUAGGCAUAGACACUCAUGCAAUACCCAUCCUGAACAGACCAUCAGAGCAGGUUGGGUUUUCAGUUCAAAACCUUGUGUCAAAUUUCACCCUUGCUUGACCCAUCACAGCAGUGUCGGUGUAAGUAAGGGGAAAUUUGGCCCACGGUCCCUAGGAAUUUUUUUUUCUAAGAAAGCAGUCCAUAAAUGUGGCACAAAACGCUACGAUGGUCUACAGUUGGGGAAAGUGCUUGGGACAGCAGAGGACUAGUGGGCACACAGUGUGUACCUCCAUUCCUGGGGAUGACCACUACAAUUUGUUCAUCAUUUCUGUGAAGUUGUUGACUGUUUUUGUCAACUGUAUGUUAUACCUCAUGAGUUAUUACCCACUGAGAGCUGAGCAGCAGAUAGGAAACAAAUGCUGCAAAAUGCUGAUGACCAGAAACAUCCCCAGUGACACUGGUCAGCACCUACCAGGUGUAAAUUGUGGUAACUGUUACCUGAAUUGGCAUUUCUUUCUUGAAAGGUAACCAGCUCAAGGCCCGAUCCAACACCCAGCCACAUCAUUAGAAAGCACUCUGCUGACUGCAGUGGGUUUGUGUCGAGAUUCACGGAGUGUCAUUCCAAAGCAGAAGUGAACCCUGUGGUUGCCUGAACACUGGGACUGUCCAUCCAACUCCUUUUUAAUGCCCACCUGACGCCUCUCAAUACCCAAUACUUGUAGAUUAACUCUCGAGUUUGUUUUUAUACUUGCCCUUAAUGAAGAAUAAUUUGUUUUAAUUUAGAAAUAUCCCACUUCCAAGAUCGCUUAGGCUUCAUUGCUUUUAUUUAAACCUAUGAAGAGGGACCAACCUGAUGCCGUUUACGCUGUAUAGGUUUAUAUAUGUAUCUGUGACAUACAUAUAUAUAUAUCUAUAUGGCAACUCAGACUGAUCAGCUUUUAGUUGUGGAGUGAUUACAUUUCAUGCUGCACCAUAUGUAAGAUGAUGAGAUAAUAGUGCAUCCAGUUGUUCAGCUUUUAGAGUGGAGUUUUAUUUUCACACUUUUCUAUGGAGCCUUCAAACCCCAGAUUUUCACACUAGGCUGUUUUGAUAGUUGUUCUCAGACCCUCCAUUGACAUCCUUACCCAGCAUUCCCUACUUUUGGGGGCCUUCUAUCUUGUUAAAAAAACAAAAAAAACAAAAAAUCUUUUUACCAAGUGAAACAUCAAUUCCACCUUUAUUCCCAUUCUCACCGGUGUAAAUACUGAUACUAACUGAGGAUUUUGACUUUGCAUUCUGUCAGAAUACUGUGUUCAAAUAAAAAUUACAAAAAAAGCUUA